CAGAGCUUCCUGAGGGUGGAAGGUCACGGAGUGGGGAGGUGCCAGUCAUGGCGGCUUCUGAGAGCCCCGACUCAGAGGUAGAGGAAGCUGGUCAGGUCUUUCUUUUGAUGAAGAAAGACUAUCGGAUUUCACGCAAUGUUCGCCUUGCUUGGUUUCUUAAUCAUUUGCAUCAAGUUAUCCAGGCAGUGCCUGAAUCAAAACUGGUAACAUCAGAUAAUGAGUUGGAUGUUCUCAGCAUUUUGCCAAUCAGCUGGCAAACAGAUGAGCCUAUGGAGCCCAGGCCAUUCCUCUUAAUGCCUUCCACACAAGUUACAUUCCUUGCACGUCAGUAUCGUUUUGUCAUUGAACUGGAUUUGAGCCCCUCUACAGGGAUUGUGGAUGACUCUACAGGAGAGAUAAUUUUUGAUGAAGUGUUCUAUGCCCUUUCCCGGUGUUUAGUGGGAUUAUUAAAACCCUUUCGAAUCCCAGGUUCAGACAUUAUCUACCAACCUGAGAUCUUCAUCACUAUCCAAGCAUAUUCUUCAAUAAUUGGUCUACAGACACACCAGGUGCUGUUCCAGGGUUGUCUGCUGGAUCAGACCAAAAUAGAGACCUUCUUGCAGCAAGUUUAUACACAACUGUGUACCUUUGAAAACAAAGUGGCUGAGAUGCUCCAGCAGCAGUAUGAGCCCAAAACGCAGGUGGACUUGUCAUCCCUUAAUCAGGAUGACAUCCAGGAGCCCUCAGGAAGGAAGAUGGGCAUCUCUAUGGUGACAGCUGAUGUUGGGCUUGUCAGCAUGAUUCGACAGGGGAUUCUGGCAUUGCAGCUGCUGCCCUCCAACUCCAGUGCAGGGAUUAUUGUGAUCACCGAUGGCGUCACCAGUGUCCCAGAUGUAGCAGUCUGUGAAACGCUGCUCAACCAACUGCGCAGUGGGACUGUAGCCUGUUCCUUUGUUCAGGUGGGAGGAGUCUAUUCUUAUGACUGCAGUUUUGGUCAUGUCCCCAAUGUGGAACUUAUGAAGUUCAUUGCUAUGGCAACGUUUGGUACCUACCUUUCCACAUGUCCUGACGUGGAGCCUUCUUGUCUGGAUCUCAAUGUCUAUCACAAAGCUUUUCUGCUAUACUCAUUUUUGCGCAGCGGGGAGUCCCUGAACCCUGAGUAUUACUGCGUGUCCCAGCACAGACUUUUCAAUGAACACCUUGUUUCUGCAAGCAGCAAUCCAGCUCUGGCUAUGAGGCGGAAGAAGCAUGCAGAAAAAGAAGUGCAUGCUGACCUUAUCAGUAUAAUUUCUGUCCGUUUGAGAGAAGGUUACAGUAUCCGUGAAGUCAGUGUUACAAAAGGUGGCACUCAACUUGAAGUGAAACUUGUCCUGCUGUGGAAGCACAAUAUGAGAAUUGAGUACCUAGCUGUUGCCCCAUGGCCCUUGGACCCUUCAAAACGUAGCACAUGGGUAGAAGUAACUAUGGAAGGCAGUUACGACAUCUUGCAUGACAUCAGCUGUACAAUGCGAAAGCCUAUCACCAGCCUCUACCGCACAACUGUGAUACGGCGCUUUUGGAACACGCUGCAGAGUAUCAAUCAAACCGACCAGAUGUUGGUUCAUCUGCAAUCAUUUGACAGUGUUCCAGAGCACUUCACCAUCCCUGAAAGCACUAGAAAUGGGGUACCACUGUUCUACAUUCCUCCAGGAUCUACUACACCGGUACUGUCCUUGCAGCAUAGCAGCUCAGAUUCUUGUCAUUCACAAUUUGCAGCCUAUUGGAAGCCCAUUUUGUCUAUGGAUGCUAACUUCUGGCAGAGGUGGCUACACAUGCACCGCAUAGUUAUCCUUUUGGAGCAUGACAUGCCAGUUCCAAAGCAUUUGCAUACCCCAGGCAACAAUGGCCGCUACAGCACAAUCCAGUGCCGCAUCUCUCAUUCAGCCCUGACAUCUUUGCUACGUGACUGGAGUAGCUUUGUGCUGGUGGAAGGCUAUUCCUAUGUGAAGCUCAUGCGCAGCUCUGACGAUCAGCCUCCUUUUUCAUUUUAUGUGGUGCGGAUCAUUUCCAAGGCUCCCUGCAUGGUUCUUCGGUUGGGAUUCCCCAUUGGGACACUUGCAAAAAUCAGGAACAAAAUAGUCGAAGAACUAAGGGAUCGUAUCUUGCAGUUGCGCUUCCCUCAUAGAGUACAGAGCAAAGAGGCAACACCGAAAGUGAAGAGGAAAGUUCUGGGCAGCAGUUCCCCUUCAAAAUCACCUCCCAUGCUGGCAGCCCAGCCAUCCUUCUCAGACAGACCUUGCCUUAUAGUGCUGCAUAAGCCUCUGGAGAAACUCCUCAUCAGAUAUGAGAAGCUACCUUCUGAUUACCGUGUUCCAUGCCUGCUCCCUUUGGAGAAUCCCCCCAUGUCAGGCCCUCUCACCAUGGCAGCCAGCCGGACAGCUUCCUCCACUCUGGCCUCUUUGUCUCGCUACUUCUAUCACCAGCGCUGGAUCUGGUGCGUGCAGUCAGGGCUGGUACCUGCAGUGCCCAUCACUGCUGUAGCACAGCUGCUGUCCACUCUCACAGAGGUUCGUCUUUCUGAGGGCUUCCAUUUUGCUUCCAGUGGUGAUGGGAUCAUCAACAUGGUACUAGAGUUGCCUAUGAAGAAUGAUUCUUCACGAGAGAGUGGCAGUGAGAAGUGCACUUGCAUUGUCCAAUAUGUGCUGUUCCCUCCACACUCCACAUCCACUAAAGACAGUUUCUCCACAGAUGAUGACAAUGAUACAGAGGUGGAGGCCAUUGAUGUGGACAUGGAGCUGAAUCUUAUCACAGAAUGCUGGGUGGAGCCACAAAGUGGCUGCGUGGAGGGUGCAGUGGACAGUUGGCGUCACCUGCAAGGCCUGCCUUACCAGAAAAUACCUAAAGUGCUUUAUCCUCAAGAUCUGAUGUGCAUCCACACCUUGCUUGCCUUUGAGUAUGUCAGCCAACUGUGCCAGAACAAGGAUUGGUCCUUUCCUGCGUGUGAUCCUAGGCCUGUUGCUGGUGCUGUUGAAGGUUGUGAUCAUGGAAGUGGCUCCCGUGUGCAUGAGAUUCCUUUCCACUUUGACCUCAUGAAGCUACUGUCCAAGUGUCAGCAGAUUGAAAUGUUCUUCUUGAUGCUGACAGGAGCUGAGAUUACAAAGGAUUCUUCUUUCUUGCCCAAUGAAAUGCUACUUGGCCUAUUUCAUGGCUGUCUUCAGCAUGACCUCAGCGACAGAGAGAUCAUACUGUUGGGCACAGAUCACGCAACUUUCAUGGAACAGGUGCUGCAGCGGGACAGAGAUGGCCAUCCUCCUCCAUUUGUACUUCCAGUAAUUGAAGAGCUCUCCAAGGCCUCCAUGCCCUCUGAACAUCAGGAUCCAGCCAAAACUUAUCACUCUGCUGUGAACAAAGACACAACUGCCUCUGCAAGUAUGCACCAGGCUCCAGAUAAUACAGAGGGUUCAAAAGCUGAUACCUCACAAGUGCCUGAUAACCUCUUACCCCAGUGGCGAUGUUAUGCCAAACUGGUAAAUCCACAGCAUCUUUUCUUCACGUUCCUGCCAACUACAUUCCCAGAUAUACAGAGACUGAUGCCUUCUGGGUCAGGUAAAUCUGCAAAAGAGGCAGAAUCAUCACUUAGCCAAGGAGUGCAGGAACUGGAAACCGUGGGGUUACUUCCAACUGUCAGCAUCACGCCAGCCAAUGAAAUUGGUCAGGAUGCAGGAGAUCCAAAAGCUACACCAAAAAGAGAAGGGCGCAUCUCCUUCAGCCGCCAGGCAUCUCAGCCAGAGCUGGGUGAGAGCUCCCGAAUCCGCUGUCCUGUUUUUGUCUACAGCUGCUCUUUGGAGCUGCUGCGGGAGCAGAUGAUCAAUCCCAGACCAGUUAAGCCUCUUCGAGAUAUCUUUUUCAGGAGCCAGUCUGUGGAGCGCCCCACCAGUGCUCCCUGGCUAGAUUCCAAACAUAAGGAAUUGGUGAGUUACUGCACCUUGCUUCAAGAGCAUUCCCACCAGUGCUAUGUGAAAGGGCUGUUCCGCAGCUUACAACAGGGUCAUGACGUCACUGCCUUUGAUAUUCUCACUGCCGUGGAUUACUGUGAGGAACUUCUGCAAGAGAUAGACAUCACUAGCUUCCUUCUUACGCUGUGCAAUCAUGUGCGCUCCUUUUGUGACCGUCACCAACACCAGCUCACCAGCUUGGAGGGAGAAGCACCACGAGAAUCUCAGACACGGGGGGUGCUAGCCUCUGUUUCCAGCACAGAGACGGAGGAUUUUAGUGAACCAGAUUCCCAGAUCUCUGCCUGUCCUUCCCAAGAGCCCAGCCAGCGUUGCUGUCCAGAGUUCCCUCUUUCGCUCUUAUAUAGCCAACCUUGCCAAGAGCAUCCUGACUUGAACAGGAUCAUCCAGGAUAAGUUCUUGGAGAUUGGCAGCUUAUAUUUUAAGCCAGUGCCAUCGAAUCCUCAUUAUUUUUUCUAUUGUCCUUCUUCUGCAAAAAAAGAGGAAGAAGCCUCGCAGGAUGAGGUGGAUAGGAAAGGCAGUGAAGACCUGGAGAGCUCAGAAACUGAUCUGGCAGCUGAUGAAGGGAAUGCAUCUGCUGGUGGCAUCGUCACUGAGAGUGACCCGGAACUGGAGGUUGAAUAUCGGGACCCCCUCGACCAUGAACCUCUAGAAGCAGACUCAGUUUCAGACUCCAACACUGUGAACCAGGAUGAAGACUCCUUCAGUGUGUUGGGAGAUUCUCUGGCAGAACAGGAGCUGCUGGAGCAAGAAAUGCCACCCCUCUUUAUGCACUUGACCUGCUCCAUAAAGCUGCGUGGCCAGCACAAUUCCAAGCCUGUUCGCACACUGCCCACCUGCCUAGGAGAGGUGCUGGGCUCUGUUGAAAGCUUCAGGACAUUGCACAGCAUCGAUCUAUCAGAGCUCUGUGUGACCCUUGAUGUUUUUGUUCUGACCCUUCCCCUGGAAAUUGAAAUGGUGAAUGAUUUGCAUCACAAUCGGUACACCUCUGAGAGCAGCAUCUCCUUCACCCGUUCCCCAGGGCGGCCCUCCUCUUUCCGCUCUGAUGAGGAACUUAUGCACACUUUGGACAGGCUGCCAUCAACUAUGGAUGAUGGGCACCCAGCACUCUCCAACCUUCCUGGAUUACAUAGGCAGGCUGUUGAAGCUAUAAUGACAGAGAUCCGUUGGCUCUUGGAUGAUGAGAUUGUGUCAGCAUUGCGCCACUCACGACCGAUUGUGGCUGACACUUUGAGCCGAGUGGCUAACCACGUCUACAGUUCUCAAGGCCGCCAAAGCUGUUGCUGUGAGGCUGUCCCUUUGCAGUUUGUGUUUGGACCUGAGAUAUCACUGGAAAAGUUUCGUGAGGAAUUCCAGAGAAUGACCCUACCCGGCUAUGUACUUAAUGCUGAAGGGAACGAUUUCUACUUUGUUUCUGUUAGCCGCUUGCAUGCCCUAGUAGGCGGACCCAGUCCUUCGGUAACGCUGGAAAGCACCAUGACAGGAGGCAGGUGUGAAAGCAACUGCAGAACUGAAGGUUCUUUGUCCCAUUCUACUCCGCCUGAGGAGGUUCAUGGUCCCUGGACAUGGCCAACAAGUGAAACCAAAACUGGGCUGGAGACUGGAGAACUUCCUGGCAUAAGUAGCCAUGUACAUGAUGAGGGGUCAGAUGAAGUUCAACGACUAGAUCAAGCCAGUACUCUGAAGCGUGACUCCCUGGAUGAGGAGCUUUCAACCCAGCCACAACCAUUGCCUUAUUCCUCAGAUAAAUGGAACAGUGAGAAAUCUCCCUCUGCAACGCCAUCUCUAGCAAGUUUGACAGACUCUUUGACCCCAGGCAGGGAAGGUUGUGGGAAGCAGUACCCUAGUAGGGUUCAGAGCCUGGUAUCGAGUCAGGGUAGUGUGGAUUCUGAUCUCCUAGGGUAUGAUGGUGGUAGCAGUGACUCUGAGUGUGAAGAGGUAGUGAUGGAUGACUUGGAAUCCAAGUGCCCCCUCAUGCCUGAUUUCUGGCUCAUCGUAAAGAUCCAUCAGGACCGGGUAGAAGUCUAUUCCCAUACACGCAGCGGCUUAAGUACAAUGAAAGCAACACAAAAUGAGGAAGGGGAGUGUUUGCGUCUUCAUCACACUGUGGUGAAGAAGAUUGGUGAGAUCUGUCGCAUUGUUAACCAGCGGUUGCUGCUACAGGAUCUGCAUGAUAGCCAUCUUUGCAAUUCUCUCCUAGUAGCGGAGAGUGAGGAGGACAUCUGGAAAAGUGAAACGCCAUACAACUAUCGGCAACGCACUGGACCUGAUGAUUACCCUGGAGAGGAAAGCUACCAGCCUCGAGAUUAUCUUGCUGCCACCAUGCAGUUCAUGCCUGGACAUUUUGCCUGUGAUGCCGUCUGGAGCACCACCAUCCAUGUACAUUCACGGCUCAAGAUGGGUCCCAAUAUGGGUGUUGCACGUGCCAUCCAAGCUCUGCGCUCUGUGCUCAAUGCUUUCUCUGUUGUUAACAGAAAGAAUAUGUUUGUUUACCAGGAGCGCUCAACCAACUCUGUUUUUUACUUGCGACUCUCUGAAACCACCUCCAGUGGGAAGUGCGGAGAAGGUGAAAUCCAGAGUCUUGCAUGCCGCUCUUUGGCACUUUCACGCAGCCAGGAGCCCAUCUGCAUUGAGGAUGGUUCUCGCUUGUCCCUAGAGACCGCCUCUUGUCGCAGUGUGGAUUCUGCCCGCCCUGUGAGCCAAGUGGACAGGCACAUCCAGCUAGUAGUUCAUGGAGUGGCGCCGGCAGGACCCGAGAUCACAGAUGAGCUGGUGAAAGUUCUACGCAGGCGCCUGGAUGAGGCCACCCUGGACAUAAUUACAGUUAUGCUUGUCAGGAACUGCAAGCUUACCCCUGCUGAUGUGGAGUUCAUACAGCCCCCUGGCAGCCCACCUACUAAAGUACUGCAGUUUACUCUUCCCCCUUCCUGUUUGCCUUGGCUCCCAGCUGUGGCCAGCUAUCUGCGUCAGAAUUUACUGAUCUUUCUCCAUACACCCAAGUACACAGACAGCAAUGUGGAGAACCACUUCAAGCACUAUUUCCACCAGAGCAAUAGCAGCCCUGACCUGGAUCUCUACCUGUACAACAAGCCCGGAGGUCAGGGCACAGGUGGGAAAGGCAUUGCAUGUAUUGCACUCUCGUUUGUGGAUGACUGUGGAAAUCCCAUCUCCUUGUCUCGCUGGGUGAGGCCACCCACUGCCCUGCUGACCACAUCAUUUCUCCAGGAGGAAGACUUCGAGACCUUGACUGCUGUCAGCCAGCACCAGGCUGAAUCUCACACAUCACAACCAGCCCUUUGUCCCAUGGUGCGCCUGGACAUCUGGGAGAAGGGUAACAUCAGCUUGCUGCAGCUGUCUGAGAGGCUUCGCAGUGCUUUACGCCAUGCCCUCUGUGACGCCCUCAUGGAAUUCCGUGUGCUGCCCAAUCCUUUGUGUGUUGAGCUGUCCACUGAAGUAGAAGAUCCAGGAAAUAUUGGAAGCCUGCGCCGGACGAUGUCUGAAAGUAAGGGACUGACUAAGCCUGCUGGAGGCAAGAUGUGUCCACCCUCCCUGAAUUUCACUGUCCCUCCUCCAGUUGCUGGUGAGCCAGUCACACCGACCAACAAGCUCGGGCGUCGCAGCUUCUGGGAUAUGCUGAGCAAGCCAGACAUGGUGGAGCAAGGAAGCCCCAAGACCACGGAUGACAUUGUGCUGGAGCGACCUGAAGAGACCCGUGCUCGCCGCCGCCACAAGACGGAGAGUGUAAAGCAGCCUUCCAGCCAGGAGCGUGUUGCUGCCGCGGCUGAACAAGGGCAGGCCCAGAGACGCCGAGCCUGCCAGCUAGAGGAGGGGGAGAUUGGAGUCCUUCACCCAAUUUUCAGUCAGAUCUGCCAGUCCUGGAUGGCAUUCAUGAACCACUUGGGUUGUCCUUCAGUGCAGCAGUGUGCCACUGAGAGUGUGUCCCGCUUCCUGCUUCCUUCCAUCAUGCUUGAGAUAGUGAACCUCGUCACCACUUUGGCAAAUGACACCACUGUCAAAGUGUUUGAAAAAAUCAGUGGUCCACAAGGGGUGUCCUUUGUGCCACAUUCCCUCACACCAGGCACCAGUGCUCGGCCAGCUGUCAUUCGACACUUCACCAUGGUGGGGCGUAGCUUCCAGCAGUGGCGCUGCAGCACCGAGCAAGCCCUCAAAGGAUUCCAGCGUUUUGAGGCCACAGAGCUUGGUUCUGCAGAGAAAGGUUCUGAUAUAGCCCCCCGGCAAAGGUUCCUUUUUGUGGAGAUUGUGGACAAAAAGCUGGUGCUCUAUACCUACAAUUGGAGUGUGGACCUGGGCAGUGCCUUGAGCAGCUCCCUCACUCGCUUGCUUCAGUGGCAGAAUGCCCGUGCCCAUGUGGUGCAUUGUCUGCUCAGCCAGAAACUGGGGCUCUUCCACCACUACUGCUACAUGGACACUCCAUGGCAUGAAGACAGCAAACAGGAGCAAAAUCCCUUCCUGAACUCCACUCUCGAGGUGGAUACCCUGAUCCGGAGUCCAGGUGUUCCCCCAGGCAAAGACCAAGGUCGGCUUAGCAGCUCUGCUCGUAUCUUGCCACCUCUUCACUUCCCUCCUGACAUGGUGCCCUUUGACGAGGCCCUGCGUGAUGUCUCCGUCAACCGGCCCAGUCCAGAACAGCAGGGGGUGCUUGACCGUGUGGCCCAGCAUGGAGCUCAGUUCCUAGAGAUCAAGAAUAUGGAGAGGAGAGAGCUGGAAAAACAGAUGAAGAUUGAGAACCUCUUUGUGACAUGGCAGCAACGGUCUGCGCAAUCCAACAUGCCCAUCAGUCUUGCAGAUUUGGAAACCCUGAAGCAGUCAUCACGCUUGGUCCAUUACUGUGCCACACCGCUACUCUUCGAUCCUACCUUCCGGCAACAAAUUCAGGCUGACCAGCAGAGCAAGCCGGAGGGGAAGAAGCGGCACCGUUCAAAUGACUCCACAGCAUCCAGUAGGGACCGCAGCCACAGCUGUGACUCGGCAGAGGGGCUGCCAUGUCGGACCAAAGAUGAGGCCUGGUUGCUGGAGCUAUGUCACACUUUCCUGCAGCAAUACAUCCAAUACCUGCAAAGCAUGGGAUUCAUCCUAGUGCAGGUGCGGCCAGCCUCACCAACUCGCAGCAGCACCAGUCGGAUCAGAGCUAUGGCAGCAAUGGGCAAUGAGGGGCGAGGAUCUUUCUCAUAUAGCAGGCCAAAGGCUGAUGGGAGCCCAAAGAGUACCAGCCCCCCUGUCACCACAUACCAUUUGCAAAGAGCCCUGCCUGGUGGCAUCGUAUUAAUGGAAUUAGCUUUUCAGGGCUGUUAUUUCUGUGUGAAGCAAUAUGCACUGGAAUGCUCACGAAUCCCCAUGGGCCAGUCUGUCAACUCACAGAUGGAGUUUUGGACCGAGCACGAGAGGAGAUCCUCGUCUUUUUAUCGGCUGUCUAUGCUCUUCACAGAGGAGUGUGACAAGGUGCGUGAUCUCAUGCAUGUGCAUUCAUUCAGCUAUGACUUUCAUCUCCGCAUUGUGCAUCAAUAUCUGCUUGGAUCCCACAUGGCAUUGCGACAAGGUUAUCAUCUUACCAGUUUCCUAGAAGACUUCAUCGCCCAACAUCCUGACAUUCCAAAGUUUGGACGCAAUCAUAUCUUCCAAGGUGCCUUGGCCUUACCAACCAACACCAUAACAGCACACCAGCUAUACAACUAUAUCACAGACCAUGCCAGCACCUACCAUAUGAAGCCAUUACGCAUGGCCAGGGCAGGAACUAGUUCUGAAGGCAAGAAGGGGACCCCUGGCCCAGAGCAAAAUGAGUAUGCCCUAGUCUCCAUCUGGAACAGCUCAGGUUCUUAUAAGGAUUCAGAAGGGCUCCGUCACCAUGAUGAAUUUGAUGUGUCUAUGCUCGUGUGCCACAGUGCUGCGCCCUUUGAGGAACAGAGUGAAUCAGAGCGACACAUGCUUCGAUUGCAUUUCUAUGUCAUCAUGACAAGCCAACGGGAGCUGUUUCCUCGGCUAACGGCUGACAUGCGCCGCUUCAAAAAGCUGCCACGGCUACAGCGAGAGACUCUGGAACCCGUUGUGGGACGGUCGACGUGGGAGACGGCAGAGGGCAGCCGGCAGCGGAGGGAAGUGCCAGAGCCUUGGGUGGAAGUGGAGGACACUGGCGAGUUCUACGCCGGCGGCCCCCAAGUCAAAGUGGGCCCUGGCCUCUUCUACACGUCUCCCUUGUUUCCGCUGUUGGCCUCUGAGGUGGCUGCUGCUCAGAAGCAGCUGAACAACAUGGUGCAGCUCGCCAAGUGUCACUGUCGCCGCGACAACCUCUGGAAGCGGCUUUUCCUCCUCGAGCCACUUGCCUCUGACAAACUGAAGUUAGGCAAGCUGUCCCUUGGCGAGCUGGAGGAACUGCUGGCUGCUGUGCACAGGAAAUCUAUUGCCGACAUUGAUCCCCAGUUGAGCUGUUUCCUCACCAUGACAGUUUCCUGGUAUCAAAGUCUUAUCAAGGUGCUACUGAAUCGUUUCCCACAAAGCUGCCGCCAUUUCCAGAAUGCUGAUGCUGGUACCCAGUAUUUGGUGGUUCUGAACCAGAAAUUCACAGACUGCUUUGUUCUUGUAUUCCUUGAUUCACAUUCAGGAAAAACGAGCCUCACAGUGGUUUUUCGAGAGCCAUUCCCAGUACAACCUCAGAACAGUGAGAGUCCCUUGCCUCAACUUGUGUCCACGUACCACCAUCUGGAAUCUGUCAUUAACACCGCAUGCUUCAAUCUGUGGACAGGGCUCCUCUAGUACUCGCCAGCUCCUCUCACUUAGGGAGAUGCUGCGCAGAUCCAGCUACAAAGGUUGGAAGGGACAAAAGAGAAGCCACUGAGGGUGGCAGGUGCACAGUGAGACACUGGGUGAUAAGAGGUUACAGCUGUCUGGAUAAAAGGGUCAGAACACUUUGCAGGAUUCUAAUGGAGCUGAAUGGCAUUCACAAAGGGAUCAGGAGGACUGCUCUGGAGCCAGAAGCAGAACAUGGCCAGCCCAAUGUAAAGGGUUGCUCAUGCUUUCCCAAAGAAGCUACCCAAGUGAGGCCUUUGGAUGGCUGUGAUGCCUUGGUGUUUAGAACUGAAAGACUACUGAGGUUGCUGCUUUGGCCAGGCUUUUUAGAAUGACUCACGGGAUGAGUUUUAGUGGGGUGGGUAUUGCACAACAAUGGGAAUGUUUUAUAUAAGUGAAUGUACAGUAAAUUAAACAAAGUUGAUCAUUAAUUAUAAAAUAAAACAUGUUUUGUCACAAAUUUACA